AUGCAUUUUCAAUGUUGGGCGAAAGAAAUUAUUAUAAGUACUACAGAUAAUACCCAACCACCAGAUUUACCUUUUCACGAUUUAACGGUACUAAAAGUAAUUCUACCAAAAUGGUCCACGUCUAUAAUUUCGAACUCUAGUCCUAAUGCAACACCAAUAUUUUUUGCUAUUACACCUUAA